AUGUUCUGGGCAAUCGAUCAUUUGAUCGAAACAAAGACCGAAAGUACUGAUGGAGAGCAGCUCGUUUCACCAUCGCGAGAUGAUGGUGGAGAUGAGGUCCAUUCUGGGAUUUAUUUUGUUUUCACAGUUAAGAUAUUGCGUGAAACGGAAUUCAGUAAGCAGUAUAAGUGUGAUCCAAUUUUUAUCAAUGAUUUCAAUUUAAAUCAUAAAAUUCAGGAAACCAUAAAAUCAACUUCUGUUAAAUCACCAAAUUCUAAUCGAUCAUUCAAUCCUGAAUUAAUGAAAUGCAUUUCGGAAACAAAAAGUAAGUUUGCAGAAACAUUGAUUUCAUUGGAUUUAGCAGAGAGGUGUCUUCAAUGCCCAAGCGAAAAAACUGCAGAGCAGUUAAAACUGUUAUUUGAUCGUGGAAAAUGCACUUGUAAAGACACUUGCAAAACGUUAAAAAAAUUCUAUACCUUAUUAAUUCGUUUCACGGAAGGCGAGAACGAAAAUGCAGAAUACAAAGAUUACGAAAACAACAAAAAUGACAAAGGUGGAAAAGAUGACUCAGACUACCAUUUAGAUUGUGAAUGUCAACCACGCAGUAUUUCAGCAGAAUCUUUACGAAAAGGCACCGCAAAACAAGAAAAAUUGUGUACAGUUUCAAAAAUCUUACCUUAUCAAGACGAAGAACCCGUUACUAAGAUUAAAAAAGGCACAGCAGGAAAGAUGUGGCGUGAAAAAAACUCGGAACAAGAACAUGCUUCAUUAAAGUGGCGUGGGCUAAAUCAAAAAUCGCAUUCAGAAACUCGAAUUGAACUACUGGAACAAGAAAUCUCCUGUUUGGAAGAGCUACUCCAAGAUGUUUUGGCUGACCUUGGUGAACUUACUGUUGAAAAAACUGCCAGAGAAAGCGAAGGAAGAAAAUUUGAACUCUUUCAUAGAAUAUUUCGUUCCUCAUCACCCGAAGCGAAACGAUCUGUUGUGUCUGGCAUCAACGACAAACCAGAUACAGAAGAUGGCAGGCUUGGCUACCUAAAUAGCUCUCGGACAAAUGGCAAUGGCUCUCCAACUGGGUUCCCAAAAGCUCAGAGAACAAAUGAAAGUGUUAACUCUCCGGUGAAUGGAUCAACUGGCGAACAACGUGUCCAGGGUGCCGAGUCUUUGGUGCCAGGAAGUAAUCAUCAAGAAGAAAAAGAAGCGAAUGAGACGUGUAGCAACACAGGGAUAUCAGUCUUUGGCACUAACAGCGAAAACCAAAAUCCUACAAUGCAAAACUCGUCAAAGAGCGUAGAGAAGACAAGUGGCGGAGAGGGAAUCGAUACACCUGGAAACAUCAACGGGACCAGUGACGCAGCAUCGACAUCACGAGACGAAAGUGGUGAGCAAAGUUUGACCCAGCGAAGCAAUGAAGAUUUAUUAUUCUCCAUUCAACAAGAUGAUUCAAAUGGAAGAGAGUGCAUAUCUCUGGGAAAUAUACCACCUACAUCAGUCGCGACAACUUUAUACAACAACUACAAGCUCCUGCUGCUCUCACUGGGCCAAAGUCUUCUUUCUUCCGACGUCGUGAAACUGAAGGACUGGGCUUCUCAAGGUUUCGCAAUCGCGAACGUUCAAAGUGCUACCGAUGUUCUUUUACAACUUGAUCAAAAAGGAAUCAUCAAUGCUUCAAAUUUAAGUCCACUUCGCGAUUUCUUUGAAUCUGUUGUCAGGAUUGAUCUUGUCUACAUUAUCGAUGCAUUCCUUCUUGGUGAUUACAGCUUACUUCGCCAAACCCCAACCUGGAAAAAACGCGAGGCGAGUAGGGCACAGAAUCCUCAGCACGGUUCCACUUCACGGUUUUCAAGUCUCUUGAAUACAUUGAGUUCCAGUACGUCAACAGGAAGAAAUGUCGCUGCCAGCGGUUCAUUACAAAUGAGUGCAAGCAGAAAUCCAGCAACUUCAAGGAAACCAGAAAACAGCAAUGGACCGCAAAACUCGGUCGCUCAACAAAACCACCAGCAUGCUCUCUCAGGUUUCUUGGGAUACCCAAACACAAACAACGCAAAUCUCGUGUCCAGAUCUCCCAAUGAAAACCAAUCCAGAGCCCACGAGCAGCGAAAUGAGAAACCUAUUGCAUCUGGAUUUACUGAAACAAGUGUAGUCGUUGCAGAUGGCCCUGUUACAAGUAAGUUUCUUUAA